AUGAAACCAGAAAGGAAGAAAGGAAAGGAAGAACCAGCUGCUAUGGUGUGGGACUGUGGGAGUCCCUUGUAUGAUUCAUUUGAAUUAGUUUCACUUUCUCAUCUCAUUGAACGGCAUAUGAUGGCUUUGCCUUCUCCCGGUAGAUCAGCACCGUUCAUCGUCCCAUUGAGCAUGCCAAGAUCGGAAGAUGACGCUACGAUAAUGAAGAUGAAGCACUAUCGUGAAGUUGGAAGUCUGAAAAUGUGGAAGAGGAAGGAACGAAAAGCUGAAGCAGCUUAA